CAGGCGCUGAUUGGCUGCAGCAGAGAAGCGGCCUCCGUUUAAACAAGGGGGCGGGAGUUUUCAGAGCGCGACACCAGAGACACCAGAGACAGCAAAGACAGCAAAGACACACGAUGGCUUCCUCUCAGAACAUGGAUCCAGCAGCAGCAACUUCGUCGUCUUCGGUCUCUCUGAAAGGAAAUGAGACAAAUGGCAGUGCAGCCAGAGGCUCAGUGUCCAAACGUCUGCAGCAGGAGCUCAUGACUCUGAUGAUGUCAGGUGAUAAAGGGAUCUCAGCAUUUCCAGAAUCAGAUAAUCUUUUUAAAUGGAUUGGAACCAUUGAUGGACCUCAGGGGACAGUGUACGAUGGCUUGAGGUUCCGCCUCUCUCUGGAUUUUCCUGCUGGUUAUCCAUAUCAGGCUCCUCGUGUAAAGUUUGUGACUCCGUGUUUUCAUCCUAACGUGGACGAGCAGGGCUUCAUCUGCCUGGACAUCCUGAAGGACAAGUGGUCGGCUCUGUACGACGUCCGCUCCAUCCUGCUGUCAGUGCAGAGCCUGCUGGGAGAACCCAACAACGAGAGUCCACUGAACACGAAUGCAGCAGAACUGUGGGACGAUCAACAAGCUUUUAAGGCUCAUCUACACUCGACCUUCCAGAAGUGAAUCUUCUUCUUCUCCUUCUUCUUCUCCUUUUCUUCUUUGUCGUCUGUUUGUAAAAUAUUUUUAUGUUCAAUAAAGUUCUUAAUUCAA